ACGCGGAUGAUCCAUCCAGCGUCAAGGCUGCCGCAGCCAAAGUUACAGAAUGCCUAAAAGGGGCUGGAUUGAACCUCCUGGUUAAUAAUGCAGGGAUUGUAAAUAUUAGCAGCCUGGAGACUGAAACACCAGAGAGCAUGGCUAACACCUACAGAACCAACGUGAUUGGGCCCAUGAUAGUCGUCCAGGUGUUCAUUCCUUUGCUGAGGAAGGCAGCUCAAGGAAGUCCCCUGAAAGGCAUGAGCUGCAGCAAAGCGGCCAUUGUCAACAUUUCCAGUGAAGCAGGUUCCAUCACAAAUGUCCUUGAAUGGCAGCGGGGCCAUGUCAUUGCUUAUCGCUGUAGUAAGUGUGCUCUGAAUAUGCUCUCUAAAUGCCAGUCCUUGCAUCUUGCCAAAGAUGAGAUUUUGUGUGUUGCGUUGCACCCUGGAUGGGUACAGACUGACAUGGGAAAUGUAAUGGGAACACCCCCACUGACAAUGGAGCAGAGUUUGCAAGCUAUUCUGAACACCCUUGGCCGUCUCUCUGAGAAAAAUACUGGCACAUUUGUGAACUGGGAAGGGAAUCUUGUUCCCCUGUGAGACAAUCAAGAUUCUGUUCUCAUUAAAGGCAAUGCAGAUUUCCAUCUUCAGUGCUUAUUAUAUCCUGCUCUGCUGCAUGUGCUCCAAGUCUCCCUUGCUUCAGUUAAUCUGUCUGGUGCCCAUAAAACCUUGCUCAGCCAGGCUCUUUCAGGCCGUAGGUCCCAAUGAUUGGUCUGAAUACUUCUGGAUGGCAGCAGUUGCAAAGCAGCCAUUUUGUACUGGAGAAUUUUCUUCCAGAUCUCUAGAAUCUAAAGCAAUAUUGAAGCCCAAGAGGAUGACAUUUUCCCCAACUCCACAUCGGGGGAAAAUGAGUCUAGACGUAAACUGUAGUUCUCUUGCAAAAAGGCCAUCUGGAACAUUUUAUAGUUUUAAUAUGUUAAUCGAUUUUUAAGCCUGCUAUGCAUGAAAUAAAACUGAUUGAAACCGUU